AUGGAUCUCGAUAUCCAACCAAAUAAGAUAAGGAAGACCGGAGAAUUAGAGCCUGAGUCUCAAGACCAUGCUAUUUGCUGCGCGUCGUGCACUUCCAUCACAUUCACCGAUGAAGACCUCUUGUUAGGAUCUAAACCAAAUAAUCGUCCGCUUUUCGUGUCAGGGUAUGUGCGAGAACAAAAACUUAGUCGCAUGCUUGUGGACGGAGGUUCUGCAGUAAACAUCAUGCCUAAAUCCACGAUGAUGAAGUUAGGCAUCACCAUGGACAAAUUGUCACGCAGUCGUCUCAUGAUUCAAGGCUUCAAUCAGGGAGGACAAAGAGCUAUGGGCAUGAUCAGAAUUGAGCUCGUGAUAGGCGAUUUAAAGUCAAACACCCUAUUUCACGUGAUUGAUGCUAAGACCUCCUACAAUCUCCUAUUAGGAAGGCCAUGGGUGCAUGAAAAUGGGAUAGUGCCUUCAACCUUACAUCAAUGUUUCAAAUUUUACAGAGGAGGAGUAAAGAAAAUCUUGGGUGACGUCAAACCAUUUACUGAAGCCGAGUCUUACUUCGCUGACGCCAAAUUUUACUUGGAAGAAGAAAUGGUAUCUGAAGUUAUUCCCGUUGAGGUUCACUCGACAGGAAAAGCCAUGCCAAGAAGAGAAGAGCAUUCAAAGUGCCCUCCCGCUGAAGAGAAUGGUUCAAAGAAGUCAAAAUGCACUUUGUCUGGACAAAUGGGAUCAUCACCAACAGAUUCACGGAAGGUGUCUACUCCCAUCCUCUGCUAUGUCUCAUCAUCCAGACAGAAGGAAGGACAAUCCCCAUUUGGAGAAGAAGUAAAGCCAAGGAAAUGGGGAGAAAGCGACAUGAAGUUCUUGAAGGAGUCGACAACUAUACCUUUACCAAAGUUGAGUAAUUCAAACGUUUCGAAAUCUUCGGUACCAGGGUUCGUCAGACCAUCACAAGAGGCAACAAGACACGAAUCUCUUCCGGUCACAAGAACAAAAGAAGGUUUUGACCCAAAUGCUUAUAAGCUCAUGUCAAAGGCAGGUUAUGACUUCGGCUUAUCUUCUUCGAUGGGAGAGCUUAAUCCAUAUGUCACAGGAGAAAGGAAGCAUGGCCUUAGCGAAAUCCAAAAGAAGUUGAAGGAGCAAGGUUACACAAUUGACUCAGCUAGAGCAGGCCUAGGUUUUACUCCUGUCGCACCUGUCAAGAUCUCUGCUAGAAGAAAAUAA